AUGGCACAGAUUCUUGAGGUUGAAGUUGUAAAGUUUGUUCCUCAGGAACAAUUACCUCAAAAUCGACAUAUUUCACCACGUAUACAUAUUGACAUCUACAAGACGAGGAAAUCUGCAGCAGAUGAGAAGAUUAUCAGCUACAAUGAUGUUGUACUCAGACGAUCAGAUCUGAACAUUCUCAGCGGUCCAUAUUUUCUAAAUGAUCGCAUCAUUGAAUUUUAUUUCAGUUAUCUUCCUUCAUGCUAUCCUUCCGAGGAGAUCCUACUGGUUUCACCUUCAAUUGCUUUCUGGAUAGCAAACUGCCCAGACAUCGAAAGCCUCAAGGAUUUUGUAGAACCCCUUAAUCUCUCUAGUAAGAAACUGGUAAUCUUUCCUGUCAAUAACAACGAUGACGUGACAGAAGCCGAAGGUGGGAACUGCUGGAGCUUACUUGUGUUUGAGAGAAACGCAAAUGUAUCCGUGCAUCAUGAUAGCUACGGAGGACUUAAUGCUGGGCAUGCCAAACAGCUUUACAGAGCUAUUGUUGGAUAUAUGGGGAUCUCUGAUAUGGCAUCAGCUUGUAAAUAUGUUGAGUACUCUAAAACCCCACAGCAAGUGAAUGGCUAUGAUUGCAGUCUAUACAUUGCUGCUAUUGCGGAAGCUAUAUGCAGCUGGUAUGAAAGCAAAAGUGAACCGAAAGAUCUUUUUCUACGAUGAAUGAGCAGGUUAAUCCAUCUGUUGUUGCCGAGAUGCGCAACUAGAUUUUGGGGCUAGUAAAAAGCUUAAUGGCCAUGAAGUGAAAAUCUUGAAUUCCAUUGGUGUUAGUUCAAGUUUCAGGAAUUGCAAGUCUUUUUUUUCUGUGACUGUUAGAAUAUAUUAUAGAUUUUAAUAGAUUAUAGUUUAUAGUUGGAUUAUAAAUUUAAGUUUCAGAGAUUAGUGUUUGUUUAAGAAAGUUAUAAAAUGACUUUUUUGUUGUGUAAUUGUCUUUUUUACCCUUAUUAGUUUUUGAGAUUCAGGAAUAGAAG